GGUCACCCUCAUCUACCUUCAAUUCUAACCAUUUCAAGUCCAGACAAUCGUCAUCUAGUUUAUACCGCAUCGCCAUGACCCCAAUAGUGGGUCGUCUCCCUUUGCGCCCCAAGCUCAUAAGAGGUCUCCUUCCUAGCCAUGGACACCAUGCAGUUGUCUACUUUUCAACCCGCCGAGCUCUACUGCUCAACAAGGAGUCCUCUUCAAGAGACGCCCAAGGAAACAAAAACGAGGCCAAAUAUUGGAAGUAUGAUUUCAGCUUCCGAACUCAAAUGGAGAAGAUCGUCUUGAUUGGGGCUCUGGCCUUGAUUGGUUCUGCGGGACCCUGGUCAUGGUAUCGGGAUAUUCGCCACUGGUGGAAAGGAAUUCCUGAUGAUGGGGAUGAAUAAAGGCCAUGUGCUAUAUCGCUGUGUUCUCCCAAUGAUGUCUGUUCUACAAUUGAACUGGUCCAGUUACAUCUUCCUUGUAUGCCACUUUUGUUAGCAAUGGGCCAUUGAUCGUACUGUCUAUCUACAGUCUACGAGCGAACAUCGGUAGACCGCAACUCUGUUGAUGCUGGUAUCCGUGCCUGGCUGGAUUGCAUGGGCUUGACACAGUUGAGGCUGUUGGAGGGUCAUGGCACCAUCUUAAUUUCCCCUUUAGAUACCGGAAAGACCUAUGUAAG